ACUGGCGCUAAGUCGAAGUGUACAGUACUUGCUCGCCGUCCGACACGAUGAGCACGACUAUCAAAGGACCCGCCCCUGCACCCACUCAACUCGAUGGCUCCGGUCUCAGGGUAGCCAUUGUGCAUUCACGCUGGAAUAAGACUGUCAUUGACGCGCUGGUCGCUGGAACGGUCUCUACACUCAAAGCGCAGGGCGUGAAGGAGAGUAACAUUGCCGUGCAGUCUGUUCCAGGGAGCUUCGAGUUGCCUCUCGCCUGUUCGAAGGUGAUCUCUGGCUCUCAUGUUCAAGCCGGUGCGACUGCUACCGAUCUUCUAGGUGGACUAAACCUGGGAGGCUCGUCUACUCCAUCUCUUAUGUCUCCCCAUCCGACUUCACGGACUGCCACUCCUGCACCAAUGGUUGCUGCUAUGCCUCACCAACCGUUUGAUGCGGUUAUUGCUAUUGGUGUGCUCAUCAAGGGUGCUACCAUGCAUUUUGAGUAUAUCUCCGAGACUGUGUCGCAUGCGUUAAUGCGAGUACAGUUGGAUACCGGUGUCCCCGUCAUCUUUGGCGUGUUGACAGCCUUAACAGAUGACCAGGCACUAGAGAGGGCAGGCCUUGGUAGAGGGGAAAGCAAGGGUCACAACCAUGGCGAGGAUUGGGCGUUGGCGGCUGUAGAGAUGGCGAGUCAUACUCGGCGCUGGUCUGAGGGAAAGUUCUAGGGAAUUCCUGCUCGCAUAACUGCGUUGUCAAAGAGUCAGGUAGACUGGAUAAGCAUACGAAAGAGAGAUGUUAGGGACAUUGUAAAAUGAGAACUAUCAAAUGUAUAUAUAAAUGUACAACUUCUGGACGCGUCCACCUCCUACUCUCACAGAAAAACGUGUUACUCUU